ACGUGUCUAAAUCAAUGAGGCCAAACGCAAGAAGUCGAGGUGGGGGGACCAAAAACAAGACAACUUACCGAGUGCCACUUCGCAGGCUUUCCGUAGCUGGGAGUGGUGGGCUUUCUUCACCUCCUUGUCGGCUAAAAUCUUCUCCAAAGCUCUGUGCUGCUGGAUGACGACAAGUGCUUGAAUGGCAGCUUAUUGUCCUGAUGGUGUGUAUUGUCAUGGCCUAAAAACAACACGAUGCACCACCAACGGCACCAGGCGAUGGUGGCGGAGGGAGGCUACGUCAAACAGAGUGGCCUCAAGCGGGCGCUCUUCUUCAGCGAGAGCUCAAACCGUGAGUUGGUCGCUCAAAUCACUGCCCUGAGAGCGCAGAUGGACAGCGAGCGCCAGAGCCACAACAGGGAGCGGCAGAGGCUCCAGAAGGCUCUGGACGAGGUGAGGAGUGACCGGAGCGCCCCGGCGAUUGAACAGAAGCUCCGGGAAAGGGAGCACGAGAUGGGUGUCCUUCAAGAUGUCCUGGCCGCGGCUCAGCGGGAAACGGUGCAGGUGCGGCAGUACUGGAUGGAAGAACACGACCUGCUCAAGAGGGCCCGGGAAGACGACUCUGAGAACAUCGUGGCGGCCGUCAACACCGAGUGGCAGCAGUGGUGGAGUGUCCGUGAGCAGGAGGCGGUGGCCCAGUUGCAAGCUCAGUGGGAGACCGCGCAGUGGCACGCCGAGGGGAUGGCGGCUCAAUUUAAUGCCAAGCUGGAGAGCGUACAGAGGCAUAGCACCGACACCGCCCUCUACUUCAAGGCGGAAUUGGAACGCCAGCAGUGGCACAUGAACCAGAGCGUCAUGGAGAAGGACGAGAUGAUCGCGAAGCUGACCAAAGAGAACCGCCUGCUCGGAUCGGACCACACCGCCUUGUCUGGACAGCUCCUCAAAUUGGAAUCGGAGGCCUCCCAGCUGCAAAGAUCUGUCUUCCGUCUGAAGGAGGAGCUGAAGGUCCAGCAGGAGGCCAAGAUGCUGGUGGACGAGGAGCUCCCCGCGGCCAUCGCCGCUCUCACGCGUGUGAUUGAACUGGAGCGCCAACACCAUCAGGAGGAGAAGCAGAUGCUCCGAAAAGCUCUGGAGGAGGUUCAGACACCAAAUGACUUGGCAGAGAAGCUCCGGGAGAAACAAGUCGAGGCCAGCGACCUGCAGGACGCUCUGGCGGCCUCCCGCCAGGAAACGGCCGACGUGCGCAAGUACUGGAUGCAGGAGUGCGAGCAGCUCAAAAAGAGCGCAGAGGAAACCGCCACGAACACUGUGGAGGCCAUCAACAGCGAGUGGCAGCAGUUUAAAGCGGAGUGGGAGCACAUGCAGAGGCACACCAGCCAGGCCCUGCGGGAGAAGGACGAAUUGCUCGCUACGUUGCUCAACGACAUUGAGAAGUUGACGUCCCAGCUUGUAAAAGUUUAACCGGAGACCCCAGAGCAUCUGGACGCUGAGACUGUGCAAGGCGAGCUAGACGAGCUAGCCUCUCUCCGACAAAUUUAUAUAAAGAAUGCUGUUAGUAAUGGUUAGCAGUGUUGUCACUUGAUGCAUUUGUGAGGGUUUUUUUUUUUGGGUGAGACAACUGGUUAACAACAUGGCAAAUACAGUGCAACCUUUCAAGUCAAACACCUCGAAAAUACAGAACAAAAUUGAUUGGUCACAUGAUCUCAGGAGACUUCAGGUCAUUGAGUGUCCAGGGUUUCGCAAAAGUGCGGUGUGCACAUCCAAGUCUGUUUUACUUUAUCAAUGGCUUUUAUUUAUUUUUUGAUUGGUAGUUAACGGAGGUUAACCUAUUUUUACAUUUGUAUGACUGGGAAAAAAAAAUUGGAUGUUGCGCAGGAAUGGAUUGUGUUCGAUCUUCGAGGUUCCACUAUAUAACUUGUCAUGAAGUCCAUAUAUACUGUUUUGUACAUUAUAAAGUUGUAAAGGUACCAUAAGGUAAAUACAAUUUUAUUUAAAAAAAAACAAACAAAAAAAACAAUUAAAAUAAAUUCAAACCAUUACAUGUUAUGUUUAAAUGAUUUUCAGGUAGUGUAAGGAAAACGGAGUUAUUGAAAAUAUAAUUUUAAUGAAAUAACAUUUAAUUUUCCAAUUAAUUAAAGUCCAUAAAUAUGUUCAUUAAAUUUUUUAUGGUAAUAUUAGGUAA